AUGUGGAACUAUUGCAGUCAGUUUUAUGAAUUUGGAAUAUUGCACAACACUUUAAAUAUUCUGUUAGGAAUUGAAUUUAGUGGACUUGCUACAACUCCGGCUAAAUUCGUUUAACUAUUAUUGUCAAAACAUUUCUACAUAUCUUAAAAUUACUUAACUCCAAUGCAAGUAAAAGAAUUUGAAGAUGCGCUUUCGAAGUGUGAUGAGUUUGAUCAGAGAAAAUUAGGGACAGUUAUUGGAAUGAUCUUAUUGGGAGCGAUAGGAUUUUUUGUUUUUGGAUUUGCUUUAGUGGGAGGGAUUGGAGGAGGAGUUUUGGGUGUGUUUGGAGGUCAUUAGGUAGGAAAGAGAAUUAAGAAAACCUUAUAAAAUAAAUAGGAUAUUACAGAGAUAGAUAUUUAUGAUAUAAGAAUUAGAACUAUCCUAAAAUGGGCGUAAUAAUAGUAAAAGAAAUAUAAUUAUAAUUUAAAUCUAUAAAGAUUUGUAAUUGAUAAAAUCCUAACAGAAAUAAAGGUAGCACUUCAUUUUAGAUAUUUCUCAAUCAUCAAUUAAAUUCAACUUCAAAAACUUUUGAAAAAGGCUUUUGUUUUUCUAAAACAGGAUUUGUAUCUAUGUUCCAUAGAAUUAAGUUUAUUAUUAUUAUAAGAACAAUUAAAGAUUUUAAAGUAUUUUAGUUUGUAGGAUUAAAAUAUAUAUCUUAAUUAAGGAGAGACUCAACUGGUUAAUGAAUAGUCUCAUUUUAGAAAUCAACUUGAAAUCUCUAUUUUAAAAGGCAUUGAUAAUGUCAUAAAACCAGUAGUCACAUUAUUUUCAAAUUAGUUACCUGAUCAUAAAUUACCUUAGAUUAUUAAAAAGGCUAGAGAGUUCAUUUAUUCAAAUGAGAUUGCUCAUUUGUCUAAAUAAUAUCCAGAUCCAUAAAUGAGUAUCUACUAUAUUAAAAUGCUUAAUUCUUAAUUAAAUCUAAAGGUAAACACUACUAGUCUGAAAUUAUAUGUUUAACAGUAAAAUUUUAGAAACUUGGAGAAUGUUGGUUAAGAUAUCUAAUUUAUCAUGUAGAAAUAAAAUACUAUUUUAAAUUUAUAAUAGGAGGAUGAAAUUAAAUUAAAUAUAGAAUAAAUAUAAGCUGAAGAAUAAUAAUGUGAUAUGAUUAUAUAAAAUAAUGAAUCACAAGUGGAACUAGAUCAAAUAAAGGGAAAAUCCUAAUAGAUUAAAUUGAAGUUGCAUUCUCAUCCAAAUAAAAUAUCAUUCUCAAAAAUUGAUCCCAAAUUCUACUUAAAUCCAACCCCAUUGUAAUCUUACGACGAUAUAAUCCACAAUUUUGAAAGAGAAAAUUAAUAACCACUCUAUCCUUAACAUUAUUGCCAAAAAACAAUUGAAAAAUUCAAUUUAUUUUUAUAAUUGAUACAUGAACCUACCAAUAAAUGGGAUUUGGCUAUAAAUAAUAAGGAUGCCCAGAUUUAUAAAACCUUAAAAGAAGGCUCUGACAGUGUAUUUAUCAAAGGAUUUGGGAUAAUUAAAGAUACUACCCUAGAAUUGGCACUAAAAGUAGUUUAUGAUAUAAAAUUGAGGAGAGAAUGGGAUAAAUUACUCAGAGAUUUCUAGAUUAUCCAAACAGAAACUGAAGAUAUAGAUAUUGUGGCUUAUUAUGUUCAACCUCCGAUUAGUCUAGUCACUCCCAGAGAAUGGGUCUAGAGAAGAAUUUUGAGAUAGGAUUUCCCUUAAACAGGGUAGAUCACUUUACUAUUUUAUUCUGUUGAUUAUCCUCAACAUCCAAUAAAUAGCAAAAGAAUUAGAGCACACACAGAAAUAUCCUCUAUGAUCUUUGAAGUUCAUGAAUAAAACAAUGUGAAAAUCUCGAUUUGUUCUAACAAUGAUAUUAAAGGAUAUAUACCAAAAAUGAUAGUAAACAGAGCAAGUGCUAGUGGACCUAUAGACUGGUUUAAGAGUAUGUAGGGAGCUUGCAAUAAAUAUAAAUGA